UGAUUCCAUAUCAUGAGGUGGUUUACAAGUGGCUUCCUCAGACCAGUCACGUUCUGUGUUCGAGGGUAAAGAUCAAUCUUCGAUUGAAUCUUUUCUUCCGGUAACUUCUCUUUCAAGAGAGAGUUUAGAAUGGUUGCCAGAUUCUCGCUGGCAUCUGGGCCAGUUUUCUCACUUGCAUCUAAGUCGCGUGCGAUGUCGUCCAAGACAGUGGGUUCUGAUGGUUGUUUAUGGAUUAACUUGGCGACUUGUUCAUCUAAUCCGUCCUCGCCGCCGCCUUGCGUAUCGUUUUGUUCCUCUUAAGAUCCUUCGCUCGGAUCAACGGGCUCACUUAUGGCCAGUAUAUUUUCGUUCACUUUCUUUAUCUCCUGGAGGAGAGCAGCGAAUAUUGAGCCAGUAUCUGGCGGGUCCAACGGACGUUUACCAUCUUCUUAACUUCAACUCCAUCCCAAGGUUUACAAUUUAAAAAAAGUAAACAAGAAAAUACCAUCGAGAAACACCUAGAAACACUAAAAAAACGUGAUGAUAAAUGGCCAGAGUAUAGGCUUAGAGCAUGGGCUACCAUGGUGGCUUCAGGUUCACACUCCUCGCUCGAAAGUGCACCAGAUGUUGCUUUCUUCGACACAACCGCAGAAAAAAAGGUUUCCAAAAAUCAACCAAUUGAGGAAACCGUUGCAGCAGCAAUAGCUGCUUCUUUUGUUGCUGUGCAAGGACAACAGAACGAGAAAAGCGUCUCAAAGAUUGAAAGCAAAAGUGAGCUGAUGAAACAGCUAAGGGAUGUCAAAGACCUCCUGGAUAGUGGGAUAAUUGACAAGCACGAUUAUGAUGCACAAAGAAGUACCAUUAUGAACAAACUCAAAGCAUGAUAAAACAUACACGUUGAUAUCAUUUUGUUACUGUUCAAAAUCGUUUUCUAUACGAUAAUCGAUAUCGUUGUGAUAUAAAGUGUAAACAGACACGAAAUAAGGUACUAAUGUAUAGAGACGUAUUGAGAAUUAUCGCAACACAAUUAACACUGACAAGUCUAUUUUCACUAUUAUUGAAGAAAUAGAAAACGUGCGCGCGUGCUGUGUGCAGUCAUAAAGCAGGCGGGGAUUGGCA